AUGGAAACGCCCUUCCCUCGCCGCGACGGAGAACCCGAAGUCUCCCUCGACUCCGCGACCGCGAUCCCGUGGCCCUUUGCCCGCGACCGUGCCCCGCCUCCUUCCGCGUCGCGUGACCGACGCCGUGACGCAGCGCCCAGAGGAAGCCAGGAGGUCCGUCCCGCUUUUAACCCUGUGCUUGCCUGUCCCUCUCAGCCCGGGCUCGGCGUGAGCCAAACCAAGUUGCACAACGCGGUCAAGCCAAGCGUGGAUUACAUCUGCCAGCUGAAGUUCCCCUCCGGCAAUUUCCCUCCGUGCAUCGAGGACUCCAGAGACUUGCUCGUGCAUUGGUGCCACGGUGCGCCCGGCGUCAUAUACAUGCUCCUUCAGGCCUACAAGGUGUUUGGGGAGCAGAAGUACCUCAGCGAUGCCCUGCAGUGCGCCGAGGUGAUCUGGCAGUGGGGGUUGCUGAAGAAAGGUUACGGGCUGUGUCACGGGACAGCUGGCAACGCAUAUGCCUUCCUGACUCUCUACAACCUCACUCAAGACAUGAAAUACCUCUACAGAGCUUGCAAGUUCGCUGAAUGGUGUUUGAGUUACGGACAGCACGGGUGCCGGACGCCGGAUACUCCCUUUUCUCUCUUCGAAG